UAGUAGCUAUCUAUCUGACUAAGUAACUGAUAAUAAUUUUACCGCUUGAUUAAAAUUAUGUUGUUUUAUAGGAUAUCGAUUAGUGUAGUGUGUUUAACAGCAGUUUUUUGUGUUGUUGAAAGCAAAAGAGUCAAGAGAGUGAUCGGUGGAUCAGACGUGCCUUGUGGCUAUGAAGUUGGAGUUGCAUCUUUGAGAAAUGCAACUAGUUUGCGCCACCUGUGUGGCACUGUUAUUCUGUCACCUCAAAUUGCUAUAACUGCAGCGCAUUGCGUGGAACAUGACCCAGAAGAAUAUUCAAUCUAUCUCAACAACUAUUGUAACAGAGAUAACGAGACAGCACCGCACACUCAAGUUUUGGAAGUCAUUAAACAUCCUUCAUACAAUCAAAUCACACGAGCUCAUGACAUUGCAGUGUUGCGGUUGGAACUUGAUUUGGAUGACACAACUUGGCUUGACGAUACAGUGUUACCCAACUCCUCUUUCGGCAUAUCAGAAGACUGUACAAUUUACGGUUACGGCUACAGAGAUUUAAAGAAAAAAGAGAUUUCUCAGACUCUACUCGCUGCAAACGUGAAAAUUGUAUCGCUCUAUGAAUGCAAUAAAGCACUGGGACAAUACGUGGCUCCGAAAUAUGACAGUGGAAUGUUGUGUGCUCUUGGAAAUAGAGUGGACGCUUGUGAGGGUGACUCCGGUGGGCCACUCAUAUGUUCGGGCAAAAUUGAAGGUCUCUCUAGUUACGGCGUCAGCUGUGGUAUACCCGGUCUGCCUGGAGUGUAUACCAGCAUUCGGGCUAACUUACAUUGGUUGCGGGGACUUCUGGAAGAUGAAAAGUAAACAAAUAAAUAGUUGAUCGAAUAUGUA